UGUUAGCAAAUCCCGGUGCAAUCGUGUAUGUGAAAACAAGAAUCUACAGCCUCGUGAGGAAUACACACGACGAGAUGACGGUGGAACAGGGCGUGGUCGUUUAUGUGAGAAGAUGGGGAUAAAUUCCGAUCUGAAGACUUCGCAAAGCAUUGAGUGCCCCCUCCAAACAAUUUGCGGGUGGAAUAACGCUGGAGAAUCAAUGAACAAGAACAGUAACAGUUCAAUUGUUGGGAGAAUUAAUUAAUUGGCACUCGAUCCCAAAUUAUUCUAGCACAUGAUAAGAUGGAUAAAAGCGAUGGAAACGUCGACAAAGCGGUGGUAAUAGAUGAUGACAGAAGUGAAGAGUCCGUCGAAGUGGAGCCGGAGAAAGAAAAAAUCAGUGGGGACGAGGAAACUGAGAAAAUUUAUGUACUUCAUCCUGAUUCUGAGGAACUCGAUUUUAAUCACUCGAGGCUAUCGAAACUGGAGAAUCUGGAGCCUCUGACAAACAUAAAAAAGCUGUGCUUCACUUGGAAUUUAAUCAAGAAGAUUGAAAAUCUCGAUACUCUCACGACACUCGUGGAGUUGGAACUGCGAGAUAAUCAAAUUACUGUGAUCGAGAAUUUGGAUGCAUUAGUUAAUUUAAAGAUUCUAGACCUGUCCUUCAACCGACUGAAGAAAAUAGAGAACUUGGACAACUUGAAGAAACUCCAGGAGCUUUUUCUGUCGUCCAACAAAAUCGCAAAAAUUGAAAAUCUCUCUCAUUUGGAGAAUUUAGUUCUUCUGGAACUAGGGGAUAACAAAAUUCGAGUAAUCGAAAAUCUACAGGGUCUCCAGCGCCUGACGAAUCUCUUCCUGGGUAAAAAUAAAAUAAUUAAAUUGGAGAAUCUGGCACACCUGGUGAAUCUGACGCUCCUGAGUGUGCAGAGCAAUCGUCUCACGAAAAUAGAAAAUCUGGAGGAACUUAUAGAGCUGGAUCAACUGUACCUUUCCGAGAACGGAUUGACUUGCAUUGAAAACCUCAAAGCGCAGACGAAAUUAACAACACUGGAUCUGGCAGACAAUCAGAUCAAGAAAAUCGAGGGAAUCAGCCAGAUGGAACUCCUCGAGGAAUUAUGGAUGAAUAACAACAAGAUUGAGGACUGGGCCGCACUGGAGGCUCUAGCUGAAAACAAAAAGCUUCAGACGGUUUACCUAGAGCACAAUCCCAUCUCCAAGGACCCCAACUACAGAAGAAAAAUAAAACUUCUGCUACCAUGGCUGACACAACUAGAUGCCACUCUGUGCAGAUGAAUGACUCAGUCUCCAACAACCAGAAAUUUAAUGAAUUCAUUAACUGUUGCACCUCAAUGGGAAUAAAAAUCACGACCCGGUGAAUUCUGAAAUGUCUUCUCAACCCGAGAAACUUCCUUUAUAUUUAAAAAUAACGAGCUAAGAGCUUCGAUGUUACGAUUUUAAUGAAGCUGAACUGGCAUCAGCCUUCCUCGAGGAACAAUACAAAUUUUCCACAUCCGAUUGUUGAUUGUAUAAACGCAAUUUUUAUAAAUGUUCUUAAGUAACUCUUUUAGUCGAAUUUAUAGAAAAUUUGCACGACGUAUUUUCAGUAGUUCUACCCCUGAUUUUGUAAUAAAUUAAUAAAUAAUUAGUAAAUACACUGACUC